AUGAGUAAGACUCACCCACCAGAGUUGAAGAAGUACAUGGACAAGGAAAUGGAUUUGAAACUCAAUGGAAAUAGAAAGAUCUCCGGUGUUCUUCGUGGUUUCGAUCCCUUCAUGAAUAUGGUUGUUGAGGACGCUAUUGAGUAUCCACGAAACGGAGAGCCAGUAUCUCUAGGAAUGGUUGUAAUUAGAGGAAACUCUGUUGUUAUUAUGGAGCCCAAAGAACGCAUUUGA